CCGAGUCACUUCAUUCGGUUCAACAGUGAUUUCAUCAUCAUGCCAGAGCCAUCGAAGCCCGCGCCCAAGAAGGGAUCCAAGAAAGCGGUUACCAAGACCGCCAGCAAGCCCGGCAAGGGCAAGAGAAGGAGGGGAAGGAAGGAGAGCUACGCCAUCUACGUGUACAAGGUCCUCAAGCAGGUCCACCCCGAUACCGGCAUCUCCUCCAAGGCCAUGGGCAUCAUGAACUCGUUCGUCAACGACAUCUUCGAGCGUAUCGCCUCCGAAGCUUCUCGCCUCGCUCACUACAACAAGCGCUCCACCAUCACGUCCAGGGAGAUCCAGACCGCAGUCCGCCUCCUGCUACCCGGCGAGCUGGCUAAGCACGCCGUGUCCGAGGGCACCAAGGCCGUCACCAAGUACACCAGCUCCAAGUGAGCCGAUUCGGUCGCAUCCCAAAACAACGGCUCUUUUAAGAGCCACCCACUUCUUCUGAAGCGUAAUUCCCAAUGUCCGCUGUCUGUGUAACGGAGUUCAUUCAUUUUUCAUAAAUGCAACGUACCUACAAUCAGAUGGUCAAAAUGUCAUCACCGAGUCGUUAAGCUCUUAGCGAUCCAAGAUCCAGACUGGAUAAAAGUUAUGAACGCUCAACAACAUGAAGGAAUCACCAGAAAUUCUAACAAAUAUUGCCUGCAGUACAACGUUACGCCUGCGGGUGGCAACAUAAAUAAGCUGACCUUAGAACAAUGGACGGGAAAAACAACAAAUUCUCCCUCGGCCCAUUGUGCACUUCUGAUUCGUCUCGACUCAGCCACCGAACUCUUUCCAUUUUUGUUUAAAAAUAUAAGGGUGCACCUUUUUGUUUUUCAC